AUGUUGAUGGCAGGACAAAGGGGCACCUGGACCAUGGACGACGUGGUAGAGAAGAGUUUGGAAGGGCCCCUGGCACCUUCUACAGAUGAGCCCUCCCAGAAGAGGGGAGACCUGGUAGAAAUCUUAAAUGGUGAUAAAGUAAAAUUUGACGAUACGGGACUCUCCUUAAUUCUGCAGAAUGGCCUGGAGACCCUCCGAGUGGAAAACGCUCUGACAGACGUCAUCUUGUGUGUGGACAUUCAGGAAUUCUCCUGCCACCGCGUGGUGCUUGCCGCGGCCAGCAACUAUUUCAGGGCCAUGUUCUGCAAUGAUUUAAAGGAAAAGUAUGAGAAGAGGAUCAUUAUCAAAGGGGUUGAUGCGGAGACCAUGCACACCCUUCUGGACUACACAUACACCAGCAAGGCGCUGAUCACCAAGCAGAAUGUCCAGCGGGUCCUGGAAGCUGCUAACCUUUUUCAGUUCCUGAGGAUGGUGGAUGCCUGUGCCAGCUUCCUCACAGAAGCCUUGAACCCAGAAAACUGUGUUGGAAUACUGAGGCUUGCAGACACACACUCCCUGGACAGUCUAAAGAAGCAGGUUCAAAGUUACAUCAUCCAGAACUUCGUGCAGAUUCUGAACUCCGAGGAGUUCCUUGAACUUCCUGUGGAUACUCUGUACCACAUCUUGAAGAGCGAUGACCUUUAUGUAACAGAGGAGUCUCAGGUGUUUGAGACUGUGAUGAGCUGGGUCAGGCACAAACAGUCAGAACGACUCUGCUUGCUCCCCUAUGUCCUGGAGAACGUGCGCUUGCCGCUUCUGGACCCAUGGUACUUUGUGGAGAUGGUGGAAGCGGAUCCUCUCAUCAGGCAGUGCCCGGAGGUCUUCCCGCUGCUCCAGGAAGCCAGGAUGUACCACCUUUCUGGCAAUGAGAUCAUUUCGGAGCGCACCAAGCCCAGGAUGCAUGAGUUCCAGUCUGAGGUGUUCAUGAUAAUUGGAGGUUGCACGAAGGAUGAACGGUUUGUGGCAGAGGUAACCUGCCUGGAUCCCCUGAGGCGCAGCCGCCUGGAGGUGGCCAAGCUCCCCAUGACAGAACACGAGCUGGACAGUGAGAAUAAGAAGUGGGUGGAGUUUGCAUGCGUGACAUUAAAAAAUGAGGUCUACAUCUCAGGUGGCAAAGAAACACAGCACGAUGUAUGGAAAUAUAAUUCUUCAAUCAACAAAUGGAUUCAAAUUGAGUAUUUGAACAUAGGCCGCUGGAGGCAUAAGAUGGUGGUGCUGGGGGGCAAGGUCUACGUGAUUGGAGGUUUCGAUGGCUUGCAGAGGAUCAACAAUGUGGAGACCUACGAUCCCUUCCACAACUGCUGGUCAGAGGCUGCGCCCCUCCUUAUCCAUGUCAGUUCCUUCGCAGCCACCAGCCAUAAGAAGAAGCUCUAUGUGAUUGGGGGAGGGCCCAAUGGGAAACUGGCCACGGACAAGACUCAAUGUUACGACCCUUCGACCAAUAAGUGGAAUUUAAAGUCGGCCAUGCCAGUAGAGGCUAAAUGCAUCAAUGCAGUGAGUUUCCGGGACCGUAUCUAUGUGGUUGGAGGGGCCAUGAGAGCGCUGUACGCCUACAGCCCGCUGGAGGACAGCUGGUGCCUGGUGACCCAGCUCAGCCACGAGAGGGCCAGCUGCGGCAUCGCGCCCUGCAACAACCGGCUCUACAUCACGGGGGGGCGGGACGAAAAGAACGAGGUCAUCGCCACCGUGCUGUGCUGGGACCCCGAGGCCCAGAAACUGACGGAGGAGUGCGUCCUGCCCCGGGGGGUGUCGCACCACGGCAGUGUUACCAUCAGGAAGUCGUACACCCACAUUCGGAGGAUCGUGCCUGGAGCUGUGUCGGUCUGACUGCGGGAGCGCGAGCGCGGAGCCACGCGGGGAGCCCCUCUCCCUCUCCCCGGCAUGGGUCCCGCUGCAGCAGGUAGCGGAGCUUGACUUACAGGCCGUACGCACAUCAGGGGCUCACCGCGGCUCCCCAUGGGGGCUCCUUGGAAGUCACAGCUUUGGGACUUGAGACCAGCCAGGAAUGUUUGCGAGACCUACCUCAGGAGGAAAGAAGAGUAAUACUUAACAUUCAGACACACCUGUCCCAUGCCAGGUUCUAUAGCAGGCGCCUUUGUAUACCAAUGCCUUUCACCACCAUAAUGACCCGGUGACUGGAUAUUAUCACUCCCAUUUUACAGGUGAGGAAACCGAGUUUAAGAGAGGCUAAGUGAUUUGCCCCAGGUCAGUCAGAUUACAAGUUGCUAAAUCAGAAGUCUAAACCCAGGUCUUUCAGUUUCACAGUGUAGGUUCUGUCAAGCUAUCUCAGAGCAGGAAGAAACAGAAACAAAACAGUUCAUGUUUUGUUCUGACAAGUUUUCUAAAGGAUUCACUCAGCAAGGCAGGGAAAUAAAGGUGUUUCUUUUUUCUUUUCUUUUUUCCCUUAUAUUUAAACCAUGUGGGAUCUUUGGGGUGGGAACCUUGGGCCCCUUGUCAAGAAUAUCUCAUAGGUUGUUCCAUCUGACAGUUCUGGAGAGCUGGGUCUGGGAAGACAUGUUUGCUAUGAAAAAUGUAAAAGACUUCUUGUCCUCCCCAUCAAAAGCCUCUAUUUUUUAUGAUCACAGGAGGCCCACUGUAGGCUGGAACUGUCCUUGCCAGACAGAAUUGUACCUUCAGCACAGCCCAGUGCCCUAGCCUCUUACUGUCCAACAGUUGUAUUGCAAUGUAGAAAAAUUUUUCCAAAGACUCAAAAUACUGUUUUUGUUUUUUUGUUUUUAUGGAAACAUCCUUACAUUGCUGGCCACUGAGGAAUGAUUGGCUCUUCUUGACAGCAUACUUUCUACUUCUUAGACAGUGAUUUGGGUCCGUGUUCGUGUGACCCCACCCUCCUGGAACCUUCAUUUUCAGGAUCCUUUUAAUCCCUUCUGCUUGGUUUUUGGAUCAGCUUGGCACAGUUUUGACUCAGAACAGCGUCUGUUCUUCACUCUAAGAGAAAGAGCUUUCAAAUGAGCUCACUGGAAAUUCAUUCUAAUCCCCAAGUUGGGGAGACUGAUUAAGAGAUCCUGUUUCCUAUGCUGUACUUAAAAAGCAACAACAAUGGUGACAACGUAGUAACUGCAUUACCUAAUGUCCUUUAUUUUCAUCAUAUGAUUUCAAGUCUCUUUAUAGUUUUAUUUCAUGUCAGAUGUGCCAUUUUGUGCUUGUACUUCUCAGCAGUUUGGGAACGUAGAUGUAUUAGAGUUGAUAGGGAAUUUAACUUUCAUAGAAAAGUUAUGGUUAGAAGGAGCUACAGUUCCAAGCAGUUUAAAAAGACUUGGAAAAUUACAAUUGAGACUUCUACUUAUGCUUAGAUCAUUGAGGAUAAAUAUAAAUGCAUGUUGGUGUUUAAAAAGCUCUGUGUCUUAGAGUCAGGUGUGACAUAGCUCCCUGCUAUGAAAAGCGAGAUGGGAAAAUACAAACAUAUUUGUGGAAAUUUAGAACACGUACCUCACUUACAAACACUGAUAACCUUAAUGAAGCUCUCAAAUGAAACAAUUUAAUCUACUUCAAUUCAGCAAACAUUCCAGGAAAUUUUUAUGUUUGGCAAGCCUUGGGGACUCCAAAGAGCAAGACAAAUCCCCACCCUAAAAACACUCAAUAGACAGGUAAACAGGCCACUUGGUCAAUAUUAUAAUUUUUCUCUUCAUCAAGUUGGAGAAAAUGAGGUGUGUAUGAAGUUAUGAGAUUGUUUCCAGGUCAUUAUUGCCCUUGGGAAGCUGUACUCUUAGGUCAAUGAUGUAGCCAUUGUUUACAUGUUUGUCUUUCUUUGAGAUCGCCUUCAGAAACCACUUAUGGGCUACGGGAGAAAUCAGUCGUAUUUCAAAGACAACUUCGGGAAAGAACUUUCAAAGAGGAAGUCCAAUGACAGCUUCACUGGCAGCACAGAGAGCCUCCCCUCCGAAAGAGUGUGCUCCUUGUCCUGGUGGUCCUUUGAUAAGAGCAAUUGGCAAAUUUUGAGCCAAAUUUUCAGCGGGUCAACCCUAUGCUGGAACAGUAAAGAUUUAGGAUCUCUGUGUUAUAAACCUGGUUCUCAGUGCAAGGGUUCUCAAUAACGGCAUGGGUUGGCAGACAGAUACACCUACUAAGGAGAUCCAGAGUUCUGCACUUGAAGCUGCCAGUCUGUAAUUUUAGGGACAGAAAAAAGUUCAGGUCAUUUUUGGGAAACUUUAUAUCAUCAGGAUUUACGUUUCUAGGCACUAGCCAGGGAUGGAAGCACUUAAAACCUGAUUUCCAUUCUCAGAUGAACACACAAAAAUCAAGUCUGCAGGGAGUUACCUGUCAUGAGCCAUGCUACCAGCAGGGGGACGAGGCAGGUUGGUGCCAGAUGAGCCAGAGACAAAGGGCCCUGGGACUCAGGCAGGGCGUGUAGGAUGUCCUGGCACUGCAGACUGGAUCUUGAGGCAGUUCCCAUGAAUGGAUAGAGCACCCCUGACUGGGAGGAAGAGGUUGAGGUAGGAGGAGGAGGAAGUCAGGUUUAAGGACACAGGUCUGAAAAAUGAUGUCAGGGGCCCUGGAGUUUGUGAGCAUGACUCCAUUCUCAAGAAGGAAUAAGAAACAGGGGUUCCAGGCAAGUGGGGUCCAGGAGGGAGCCCACUACUUAGAAGUGAGGCAAAGUCAGAGCAGGACUAGCAGUCAGACCCAUUUGCUCUGGGCCUCUGAGCUGCUUGGCUGGGUCUCUUAUCAUACUGGAGCAAGAGAGGGUAAGGCCCAGAGGCUCUGAUGAGGUGGAAUCUGUUGGGGAGUUACAGGGCCCCAGUUGCCAAGGCUGAUCUGAAAUGGGUGGGGAGCUAAGCUCACCCAAACAUCAACAGAUAAAUGUCCUCUUCUUAGCUUUCAUCACAUUCUGCGUGCAUUGGCUUCAGGAAACACACACAGACACGUGGACACACAGAGCUCUUGAACUCAAAGAAACUGUGCUCUCAGGGAAACGCAAAUAUUUGCUUGCAGCUGUGAAAGUAUAGCUUUGCUAUUUACAAAAGCCUUUGAGGUACUGUUGUUAUUUACUUAUCCUACUAGAUUUUGAAAAAGAAAAUAUUCAGUAAAAUUUUCAAAGUGGGUAAACACCACUGGAAUUUCUAAUAUAAAGUCCUAACUUGGGGUUGCAAAAUCCUUUUUCCCCUUAGUAUCCGAUCUGGGUGUUGUAUGAGAUCUUCUAAUUUGAAGAGUCAGCCUUCAUAGAAAUCCACAAAUAUCUCAAACAUGUUACUGCAAAACCAGUUUUGACAGGUCAGAUUUUCUUAUUUAUAGAUAAAAAUAUCAACACCUAGUUAACCAAAUCCUUUAAAUAUUUUGGUUAUGUGAGGUUGUAUUUUCUUUGUAAGUGAUCAAACUAAAGAUA